GUGAUUCUAAUGUUCGCUCUGAGAAAAUUAUGCACCUCCGUGCCUAAGGCAACAUAUGCUUGCAUCGGUCGUUCAAUUAGUUGGACUAGCGCUGUUGCUGAGAACACGAUUGAUCUGACUUUCAUUACCCCGAAAGGUGAAUCGAAGACUGUGAAGGCUAGAAUUGGCGAUACCGUCCUCGAUACGGCUGAGGCUUACGGACUGCCCAUUUGUGGUGACUGCCAUGGAGCUGGCUUGCCCAGAGCUGUAAAGAGAACAGAGAAUUGGACGGAGGAAACGUUCGGAGAGGGUCCCUCUUGUGCCUUCUGCCAUGUUGUUCCUUCUCUCGAGCUUUCAAAGGUACUGGAGAAACCCACCGCUCAGGAACUUGAGUUCAUUGAGAAGAUUCCUAUCGGCAAGACCCCUCGUUCUCGUCUCGCUUGCCAGGUACCGGUGACGAAAGAGAUGAAUGGAGGUGUGUUCUUUAUUCCUCACCAUGUCCCGAACGAGCUCCUUUAAGGGAUUGUAGACAGCAAUUUAUUUUGAAAUUUAUAAACGUUGA